AUGCGAACAUCCACUUUCUUAUUAGCCUUAGGUCUCUUCGGAUCUGCUUUCUCAGCCCCAAUUGCCGAACCCAAUGUUGCUCCUGUGUUAUUCGCCAAAGAUCCACUUGCCAUUCACAAGCGAUCUGAAGUAGUUCCCGAGAAGAUCGAUGAUAUAAUCAUGACACCGGAAUUCCAAGCUGAAGUUGAAUCUUCCACUUCGGCACAUGAGGCCUCCUCUUCCUCCUCAUCAUCCUCAUCCUCAUCUUCGUCAUCGCCACCAUCAGACGAUUCAUGUACUGAGAUCUGCGGAAUGCAGAGAGUCGAAGGUGCGAAGUCGGAAAGAGAGGCUUUAUGCUCCUCCGAAGGUCUAUUGGCUACUCUCCAAUGUGCUCAAUGUAUUGAUCAGACUUGGCCUGAUACUUCGUAUGAAGAUUCGGCUAUGGCAGAGUACGAGAGGAUAGUGUCGGCCUGUGAUGCUUCCCCGCAACAACCUUUCAGAGUACGAAAGUACGAAUAG